UUAUAAGUCAGCCGUCCGCUUCCUCAAGCUAGGCCGCAAACCAUCACAGCAAAUCGAGCAGCUGUCUAUUGGAUUAAUAUUGUAUUUGCACAACAGUCGGUCGACUUGAGAAUGCUUGGCCUCAUCUUGAUCCUGUGCGCUGCGAUGCCUUUGGUUCGUUCUGAGCAAUGUUCUAAAUUGCAAGACCGGUAGCCGCACUUUAUUUUUGCAAUUUCGAAAGAUUGCCAGAAAGGUCAUUGCCAGUUCCGCCAUGACGGGUGUGGUUCGAUUUUUUUUUAUUGCGGCAAGGCAGAGUCCGGCCUACUUGAAGUCACAUGCGACUGCGAAUGCAUGGAAUAGCAACGAUGUGCACUCCAUUAAAUGGCGCUUCAGCUCAGCUGUAGUUCCAAAGCUACUUAGGCUUCUCGUAGGCGAUGCAGAUAUCACUUGCAGUAUUGAUAGUAUUGCGGCACUACGAGACGGAUUGUGAAGAAUAAGUCAAGCUCCCACGUG